AUGAAUUUGGGAGAAAAUCGAGAAAAUGAAGAGUUCUUAAGGUGCUGUGGAGGACCUUAUGAAAAAUUUUUAUGUUUGACGCUAAAAUUCGCUGUUGUAAUUAUUGCAAUUAUUGACAUUGGGUUGGGAUUUAUAGGUGUUUGAACACUUAUAAUUGUAGCGGGAUAUUAUGAGAUGCUUCAGCAUCUAUCUCUUUGAAUGUAUUUACGGCCGGUACUUUCAGUAGUAGGAGGAUUUUUCCGAAUGUUUGGCUUAUACGCUAUGCUGAGAGCUGACCACUCGAAAUUGCGAUAUUACUCAGUAUAUAAAAUUAUAGAAUUUUUUAUGCUUUGCAUUUUCAGGCCUCUUGAAUAUGUAUAUUGCGAAGUAAAUGAUACAUGCGGGUGGCUUUACUUUAUUAGCGUGUGAAUUGGAACAUUUAUAUCGCUUAUUUAUACGAAAACUGUAUGGAGUACAAACGUAAGAUUAAGAAACAACGAGACUUUAUUGGUGAUGCAUGGAAAAGCAGUUGCAGAAUUGCUGGAACAAAGGAGAAAUUUUAUAUAUCAGCCUGUUUAUGGGGUUCCAAUAUCCCAAACUCAAUUCAGCCUAUCGAUGGCACAGGCAUAA